GGGCGGGAGCGGCGGGGAGGGGACCAUGGAAGAGAAGCUCCAGGCGCAUCAGGUGGAGAUCGACCCGGAUUUCGAGCCGCAGAGCCGGCCCCGGUCCUGCACUUGGCCUCUCCCGCACCCCGACUUCGCGGCGGAGGAGGACGAUGGGGCCGCGGCCUCGGGGGGACCCCCGGCGCGGGGGGCCGGUGGCGCGGAGGGGACCGAGAACACGGCGGCCCCGGCGGAGCGCAGAGCCGCCGCCGCUGCCCCCCCCCUGCCGCCUCCCGGCGCGGACGUGGGGCAGCUCCGCAAGGCCAAGACCUCCCGGAGGAACGCCUGGGGCAACCUCUCCUACGCCGACCUCAUCACCAAAGCCAUCGAGAGCUCGCCCGAGAAGCGCCUCACGCUCUCGCAGAUCUACGACUGGAUGGUGCGAUACGUCCCCUACUUUAAGGAUAAAGGAGACAGCAACAGCUCCGCCGGAUGGAAGAACUCCAUCCGGCACAACCUGUCCCUGCACACCCGCUUCAUCCGCGUGCAGAACGAGGGCACGGGCAAGAGCUCCUGGUGGAUGCUGAACCCGGAGGGCGGCAAGACCGGGAAGACGCCGCGCCGGCGGGCGGUCUCCAUGGACAACAACAGCAAGUUCCUGCGCAUCAAGGGCAAGGCCAGCAAGAAGAAGCAGCUGCAGGUGACGCAGGAGCGCGGGGAGGACAGUCCUUCAUCCCAGCAAGCCAAGUGGUCGGAGAGCCCCGCGUCCCACGCCAGCGAUGAGUACGAUGCCUGGGCGGACUUCAGGACACGGGCCAACUCCACGGCCAGCACGCUGAGCGGGCGCCUCUCGCCCAUCAUGUCCAACCACGAGCCGGAUGAGCUGGAGGAGGAUGAUGGAACCCCUUCCUCUCCGCUGAUGUACCCCAGCCCCUCCAGCACCAUGUCUCCUUCCCUCAACACCCGCUGCUCCGUGGAGCUGCCCCGGCUCACCGACCUGACCGGCACCAUCAGCCUGAACGAGAGCCUCGGGGAGAGCAUGCUGGAGGACCUGCAGGAUGGAUACACCAUGAGCCCCUCGCAGCAGCUCCCCCCGGCCGCCCUGCGGCAGCGGAGCUCCAGUUUCACCUUCAACUCCAAGUGCUCCACCAUGGGUGCUGCCACCAACACCUACUGCGGGACCAUCUACAGCCAGCCGGCCAUGAGCCUCAUGCGGCGCCUGCCCAUGCAGACCAUCCAGGAGAACAAGCAAGCCACCUUCUCGCCCGUCAGCUCCUACAGGAACGCCUCGCUGCAGGACCUGCUCUCCUCCAUCUCCUACGCGCACAAGGAGAGCAUGGUCCCGGGGGACCUGCCCCUGCCGCAGGCCAGCCCCAUGGUGCCGGCCCGUGGCCACAGACACAACCCGCUGCUCUGCGGGAGCGGGGAGCAGGGUUUGUCCUCGUACCCGUCCCACUCGGGCUCUCUCAUGAAGAGCAAUGCUUUGUACCACCCGUCACCAGCCGGUCACCACCCUGCGGUCAACACCAGUGCCUUAGCUAAUCCUGUCAGCCUUAUGAGCUUGCCCAGUGACACGUGCAGCAUGACGGCCAUGCCGCACCACGGGCAUCUGCAUUCCUACGCUAAUAACCAAGGGGCACACAUGAGCUUGCUGGAUUCGCUGCAGGGCCCCUACCCGGGGGCUGUCCAUCCCCCCGUGUUGGGCCAAGACAGGUUCCCAGCAGACCUGGACCUGGACAUGUUCAACGGGAGCCUGGAGUGCGACGUGGAGUCCAUCAUCCUGAAUGACUUUAUGGACAGCGAUGAGAUGGACUUCAACUUCGACUCGGCUCUCCCGCCGCAGAACGGGCUCAAUGUGCCCACGCUGCCCGGGGGCCCGCAGCCCACGAACCAGAGCUGGGUGCCUGGGUGAUGCUCACCCCAGGGUGGGGGGCUUGCCACCGAGAAGCCACGAGGGGAACCUUGAGACUAACUUCAUUUGGGUUUUCUUUUCCUUUUCUCUUCUGCCUUUGUUUGUGAAGAUGGGCUUAGAGCCGUCCGUCUGAGCUUGAGGUCGAACACAAAACACAAACCCUAGGGUCAAAUAUUGAGCCCCCAGCCCAAAAAUGUGCCCAAUCUGCUGAGUCCUCCCAUGAGCAUCCUCUGGAGGAUGCAGGGGCAGGCAGCCAGGAGAGGCAACCGGAGUCAGGCGGGUCCAGGGAGGGGGAAGCAGGAAGGGAAAACCUUUCCAGACAGUCCCAGUGCCCCGCUGGGAUGGUACCAGUUUGGUUUGGGCUUGGGCUGGGUGAUGGAGCGGUGAUGGCUGGUGGCAUGGGAACCCCCCUUCGGAAAGGGACCCUUUGCUCUGAGCCCCCUUGAGAAACGAGUCCUCUGAGUACAAGUGUCAGGAGCAGGGACCCUGCCCCAUGGCAUGGGGGGGGGUCCUCACCCCUAGAUCCCAGUGGAGAUCGGAGCUCUGCCAAGCCCCAUGCCCAGGCCACCUCAAUGGCUCCAAGCAGUGAGUAAGG